AGGUUGGUGGCGUGAGGUGCCGCUGUCCCACGGGGACCGGGAUUAGAGCAGACUCAUCGCAGCUCUCUCUCCUGCCCAGCCCACCAUGGGGAAGAAUGGGAAUGGCAUUGGAGCUGUCAUUGGAGCCACCGUGGGAGUAGGACUGGCACUGAUUGGCCUCCCGGUGUGCAUCGGCGCGCUGGGCUUCACAGGGGCCGGCAUCGCCGCUGGCUCCGUCGCUGCCAAGAUGAUGUCGGCAGCUGCCAUCGCCAACGGCGGCGGAGUGGAGGCCGGCAGCGCCGUGGCCGUGCUGCAGUCCAUCGGAGCUGCAGGUUUCUCUCUUGGUGCCAAAGUUGGACUGACAGCUGCCCUGGGCUCAGCUGGUGCAGCAAGCGGUGACUGGCUGUCCAGGUGAAAGAAACCUCCAAGUGACCAACCCAAAAAAGGAUAAAAACCCAAGUGAUAAACCCCCAAAAAAAAACCAAAAAAAAAAAAAAAACAAAACAACCCAAAAAAACCCCUGGGUGAUAUAAAUAUGGAUGAUAAAUAUGAGGAGGAGACAACUCCAGACAAGCAACCAACAGAAGCCAAGCAGCUGCUUGAUCCCAAGUCUUUGCCAUGCACAAUGUCAGGUCCUGGGAAACCCCCACAGACCCUUCAGGGCUUUGACUCCCCUUUUAAAAGCUUUGUGUUCUUGUGAGCAGAGAUUUCCCUGAAGCCAAUAAACGUGCUUGGCUUGCAGCAGA